CAUUAAACCAUCAGCGCCUGUCUCCGGCAUCCCGCGGUGACCUUGCACCCCGGGAUGGAACAAAAAAACCCUGGCCAGUGCCGCUGCCGGGCUGGGUUUGUUCCCUUAGAUGACUGCCGAGCGGAGGGAUUAUGUCAAGCGAUCGCUAUUCAGCUGGCGCGCUCACCCAGCGGUUGCUCGGGCUGAUGUCAUGUGCGGGGCCGGAACAAAGAUUUAUUCUUUAUUUAAUUAUUUUUUUCUUUUGGUGUGGUUGCGAGAGGAGGAUGGAGGCUGGGCUGGCUCGGCAGUGCCAGGGGAUGCCUGUGGUUUUCUAAGGCAGGGUGGCCGUGGCUUAUCCAAAGGCGUCUGCUUUGGGAGGGAGAUGCAGGAAUGGCUUUUCCUGGCUGAAACCCCCCACCGCUCCCGAGGGGGUUAAAUGGGAAGGCAGGAGAGGAUGACUGAGCAGAAGGGGGAGAGGAGCGGUGGCAAGGCGCAGCUGAUCCCAGAGAGGUGGGAGGGAAGGAGGGAGGCUCUGCGGGGACAGAGUCGUGUUUUACCACCAUUGUGCAUGUGAGCUGAGCCUUGGGAGCGUGCCUUAACCCACCGGGUCACCUGGCAGCACCUGGUCCUCUCCAGCACGGUAAACCGCGGCACCGGGAUGCAUUUCGGUACAGGAAUCCCCCCCUCCCUAUGCCCAGCCGGACAGAGGGCUCUCUGGUCAGGAGAAUAUCCUUGGCAGGCAUCCCCAAAGACCCCUCAGUGGGCAAGACCAGAGAUCUUUCAGGGGGCAACAGCAUUUGCCAGAACAGGAUGUAUUUUCAUGGGAAGCCUGUUUUAAUGUAUUUUCGUAUUUUCCGUGGAGUUUUGGCUGGGUGACGGGGUCCCAGUGGUGCUGCCGAGUUGGGCUGCGCGGGGUCAGAGCUGGACACUGUGGUGCUUGUGGGGGGACAAUAGAAGGAUUGUCACCUCUGUUGCCGGAGCCAGGGUGUGACGGGGUUGCCUUCAGUGCUGCUUGGUUUGCCCUCGCUGUGGGAGGGUCAGCAUCAGCCAGACAGGGCCAAAUCCUGAUCCUGGUCCUGGUGCUGGUCACAGGGAGCCCCUGUCCUCCACUGGAGGCUGCUGUGGGGAAGGGAGGCGUUGGAGUGACCUUUGUGUGGAGGACAUUGACAAGUUAGCUCUUGGUGCUGCUGCCUGUUGCUCACCCCAGGGCCUCCCGCAGCCCCCCAGCCCCGCGGGGAGGGGAGAUGGGGGUGGGCAGGGGGCAGAGCAUCCCCCAGCGCCUGCGUGGGCUGGGUGCUGCCGGCGUCUCUGCGCGCAGGAGCUGCACCACGAGAGAUGCUGUCGAUGCUCCUUACGCCCCCAGGGACCUCCUCCCACCUCUUCUGUGCCCCUUGAGCUGCUGCACGUGUCUGCAGAUGCCUCCAUCUCCCCUAAUUUAGCCUUAGCCCCCCCUCACCAUCUACAGCAAAGUACCUGCUCCAUGGCUGGGGCAAAAAAGAGCAGAGGUUGAUGGUUUGGAUGGAGGUGGCCAAGUGUGGGGCCAGUUUCCAAGGUGGUCAUUGUCCAAGGCGUGGCCCAAGGAAAGUGUUGGAUGCUUGGUGUGGAUGCUAAGGGCUCUCUGUAGCAGUGUAGGGAUGGAUCCUGGGGGAGCACAGCCACCUUUGAUUGAGCUGCUGUGGUUGAGAGCUCCAACAGGAUCUCAGGGACAGAAUAAGAGUGGGGAAGAACAUCUGGUAGCUUGCAUGGUGGUGAAGAAAAGGGUGAAGGCUCACACCCUGUGCCAAAAUCCAUGUGCUGGAGUGGCACAGUGAGCUGAGGCUGCUCGGGGGUGUUUGGGCAGGGUGAAACCUGGACUGUAGCAGAGAGCAGGAUGCGAGCAGCAGGAGAGCAGGGAGUCUGCUGGGACAGUGCCUGGGAGGAGCAGGGCCAGCAGCAGGCACUGAGUCGUGGUUUGGGGAGUGGGGGAGCAGGAGUUUGCUGUCAGAUAACCAAAGGUUGAGGAGCAUGGGGUUUGCUCAGCCUCUGCCUGGAGGAACAGCCCUCCCUUCUCCUGUGGCUGCUUCCUGGGUCGGUGCCACUCCAGUGGCGUGACUGGGGGAUGAAUUACGGCCACCGGGUUUUCCAUGCCUUAGUAUAGGCAUAGGCAUGGCCACGGCCUCAGCCCCCGCACGAUGGAGCGAGUGAGCCCUGGGUUCCUGCCUUACUGCAAGAGGCGGUUGGAGGCUCUCGGGGAGUGCAAGUCAGGCUAAAAAGUGUUGGAUUUUUUUAAAACAAAAAAAUAAAAAAGCCCUCCCACCAUCACAAGAUGUUUCUGUCUAACGGCUCUUUUCUCUCUUCGCUAAAUACAAAUUACGGCUCUGACAGCCGGAGGCGCUUAUCUCCAGCUGAAUGCCAAUUGCUUUCAGGAACAAAAUGUUUGAAGUUCCUCUAAGGUGAAGGCGCAGCAUGGUCCCUGCCACUGCUUUCAGUCUCCAAAAACCUGCUGUCAUCACCCCGACUUGGGUCUCAGGUCCCCAGCUGGGAGAGAACCAGGCGAGGGGGUGGACACAGGCCGGCAGCUACAUUUAGACAUAGCUCAGCCCUCCUGACUCAGCCAGGGGGGACGGACAGGGAUGUAGUCCUGGCCUGACGUUGGCAGUGGCGUGGCCCCUAUAAUAGCGCCGUGCCCCGACUCAGGCUCUCUCUCCCUGUCAGCCUCGGAGAUGAGUCUGUCUAUCCCUGCUGUGGGGCUCAGAAGGGUAGAGCCAGAGCUGGGACACCUUCUGGCACCGGGGCUCUGACCUCUAGUGGGAAGCGUGGACUGGAGCCGGCUUUGGUGCUGCUGGCCAGCGGGACGUAGGGAGCGUCGGCUCCGCGAUAAGAAUAAGUACUCAGCUCCCGGUAGUGUUGCUGUCAUGGGGAAGGACUAUUACAAGAUUUUGGGCAUCCAGAGCGGCGCCAAUGAGGAUGAAAUCAAGAAAGCCUAUCGGAAAAUGGCCCUGAAAUACCACCCUGAUAAGAACAAAGACCCCAACGCCGAGGAGAAGUUCAAGGAGAUCGCAGAGGCUUACGAUGUCCUGAGUGACCCCAAGAAACGAGCCGUUUACGACCAGUAUGGGGAGGAAGGUCUCAAAACUGGAGGUGGUUCUUCAGGUGGCUCAGGAAGCACUUUCCACUAUACCUUCCAUGGAGACCCCCAUGCCACCUUCGCAUCCUUCUUUGGAGGCUCCAACCCUUUCGACAUCUUCUUCGCCAGCAGCCGCUCCCGGAUGUUCAAUGGCUUUGACCAGGAAGACAUGGAUAUGGAUGAUGACGAUGACCCUUUCAGUGCCUUCGGCAGGUUUGGUUUCAACGGCAUCAAUGGGGUUCACCGGCGGCACCAAGAGUCCCUGCACACACGGAGGAAGGUCCAAGACCCUCCUGUCAUCCACGAGCUCAAGGUGUCCCUGGAAGAGAUCUACCACGGAUCCACCAAGAGGAUGAAGAUCACGCGCAGAAGGGUCAACGCUGAUGGCCGGACCAUGCGGACUGAGGACAAGAUCCUAAACAUUGUCAUCAAACGGGGUUGGAAGGAGGGAACCAAAAUCACAUUCCCCAAAGAAGGGGAUGCCACCCCAGAUAACAUCCCUGCCGACAUCGUCUUCAUCCUCAAGGACAAGCCUCACUCACACUUCAAGAGGGAUGGGACAAACGUGAUCUACACGGCAAACAUCAGUCUUAAAGAGGCCUUGUGCGGCUGCACAGUGAACAUUCCCACCAUCGAUGGAAGGGUGAUCCCACUUCCCUGCAACGACAUCAUCAAGCCGGGGACAGUGAAGAGACUGCGUGGGGAGGGUCUGCCCUUCCCCAAGGCCCCCAGCCAGCGAGGAGACUUGAUCGUGGAGUUCAAAAUCCGCUUCCCAGACAGAAUAGCUCCCCAGACGAGACAGAUCCUCAAGCAGCACCUCCCAUGCUCCUAGAGCCCUGGGACUCUCCUCCAAAGCAGCAAUACUCCAAACGCAUGUGCCACAGCACCUGGCCUGCACAGAGCCAAGGUGCCACAGCACUUUUAAAUGCAAAAAAAAAGACAACCACCCCUCACACUACUUUCCCUCCCCAAAAAACCCACCCGACCCACCCCCCAUCCAUUCUUCUUUGCCAGUUUUCUACUCCAACAAUGGGGAGUCUCCUGUCUGCCACAGGCUGCCAGACUUUUUCUUUCUCCCCAGAGGUCCAGCUUUCCUGCCUCGCACGAGCGAGAGCCGUGGGCCCUUUGCCCCGGGAGGUGCGUCGCGUCGUGGGUUUUUUAUGUCACCUGCUUUUCAAGCCACUCUUUCCACAAGAGGCUGGACUUGUCGGGGUCCAGCGCAGUGUAAAUAGGACUCCGCAGGAUCUGGCGUCCCCGCUGCUGGUUUUUCUCUUCCCCUCUUUGAUACUUGCUGCUGUUUGGGGUCCCGGCUGUCCCGCGGUGCCAAUUACUCCUGCCCGCGGUGGCCCCCCCAGUAGCCGGACUAUUUCUCACCUGGGACCACGGUACCGAGUCCGGCCGUGGCCCACUCUCCUGUGCCAAGCCUACACCGAGCCUCGGCAGUGCCAAACAACGGAGCAUGUGGGGAUGGUCCAUCCAACCUCCUGCCCCUGCCUGGGGAUGUCACCGGUGCUCGUGGGCACAACCUGCCUGCACCUGCUGCCCACAGGGCCCCAGCCAGCAGGAGGAGGGGGGAAAGCCCAGGGUGGAGCUUUCUUUUUUCAGAUGUGUUGAGUUUGCAUUGCUGCUUUUAUUUUUUAAAUACAUAUAUAUAGAGCUCAUUAGAUAAACUU